AAUAAGGAAAUGACGUGCUGCAUGCAGAGUGUGACGUAGCACCACGCUUCCAUGGUUGCAGAAGUCUCAAAUAGAAACGUGUGACCGGCUCUCUGUGAGAGGAAGAGGAAGAGGAGGGUGAGGGAGCUGGUGCUGUGACACAAGACCAGGAUGGGGGACAUAACAGAAGUUGAGGGAAGGUUCUACACCAAUGCGGAGGACUACUGGAGGGAGGUCGCCCCCACAGUGGACGGCAUGCUGGGAGGCUACGGCAGCAUCUCCAGCAUCGAUAUCAAUGGAUCCAAGGCUUUCCUGCAGAAGUUCCUUGGCGAAGGGGACGGGAAGACGGGCGCGGGCUGUGCUCUGGACUGUGGAGCAGGCAUCGGGAGGAUCACCAAACGUUUACUGCUGCCUCUGUUUAAGACCGUGGACCUGGUGGACGUAACGCAGGAGUUUCUGGACAAAGCCAAGACGUACCUGGGAGAGGAGGGCAAGAGAGUGGGGAAGUACCUCUGCAGCGGCCUGCAGGAUUUUGUACCAGAGAGUGGACGCUAUGAUGUCAUCUGGAUCCAGUGGGUCAUUGGCCACCUGACAGACGACCACCUGGUGGAUUUCCUGCAGCGUUGCCAGAAAAACCUGCGGCCCAACGGCCUCAUCAUAAUCAAGGACAAUGUGUCGUAUGAGGGUGUGGUUCCCGAUGAUGUGGACAGCAGCGUCUGCCGCGACCUGGAAAUAGUUCACAGUCUGGUGAGCAGAGCAGGCCUCCGCAUCGUCCACGAGGAGCAACAAGUUAACUUCCCAAAGGAGAUCUACCAAGUCCACACACUGGCUCUCAGAUAGGACUGUUCCCUCCUCCAUGGGAGAGUAAGAGGAGGCGGUCUUGUGCACACAGUAUUUCUAAUGUGGAAUUGAUGUUUUUCUAAUCAGCAGUUUGUUUAUUAUCAGUGAGACGAUCUCCAGUGCGAUGUGUUUGUGGAGCGUGUUGCUAACUCCAUGCAUCGGUAUUCUGCUCUGUGCCGAGUCGUCUUUUCUGGGCUACCAGGCCUUAAGUUACAGCCACAUUACACUUCUGUCUUCAUGGAUGGACAAAUUCUA